UCCGGCAUCCGCUGGCAAAGCCAACACAAUCCAAUGUGUGAGUCGUUUUUUUUUUUAUCGCAAGAACCGUGGAGGCAAGCUCCCCGGUCAACGAAACUCGCUUGAUUUUCUUCAACAUUCGGCACCCGUUUUCAUGUCGAAGCUGCCGGACGCAAAGUGACACCUCCACUCUUGGGCCAUGGAUGUACACUGUUUUGGCGUAGAACCAAUCACCUGCCACGCAUGGAACAAUGAUCAUACAGAGGUGGCACUGUGCCCCAACAAUGCGGAUGUGCAGCUCUACAAGCGAGAGGCGGGCGGAGGAUGGUCACGGGGGCAGACACUCAGCCGGCACGACCUGCGAGUGACCAGCAUCGACUGGGCGCCACGCAGUAACCGCAUUGUGACGUGUGCUGCAGAUCGCAAUGCGUACGUCUGGACCCUGGGCUCAGAGGAGCCUGGCACCAAUGCCACGGUGUGGACCCCCACCUUGGUGCUGCUGCGAAUCAACCGUGCUGCCACCUGUGUUCGGUGGUCGCCCCUUGAGAACAAGUUUGCAGUGGGGUCAGGUGCCAAGCUGGUGUCAGUGUGCUACUUUGAGGAGGACCACAACUGGUGGGUGAGCAAGCACAUCAAGAAGCCCAUCAAGUCAACUGUCACCUCGGUCGACUGGCACCCCAACAACUGCCUGCUUGCCUGUGGCUCCACCGACUUCCGCACCAGGGUGUUCUCUGCUUACAUCAAGGAGGUGGACAGUACUCCUCAGCCGACACCCUGGAACGACAAGAGCCCCUCGUUUGGCAGUCUAGUGGCUGAACUUUCUGCCAGUGGCAUUGGCUGGGUUCACUCGGUGUGCUUCUCGGGCGAUGGCACUCGGCUGGCCUGGGUUGGCCACGACUCCAGCGUGUGCGUUGCAGAUGCCCAGCGAGGGCAGGCAAUCACUUGCGUGCGCACCCAAUACCUGCCAUUCCUCUCCUGUCUCUGGGUCUCCCCCACGAGGCUGCUGCUGGCCGGUUACGACUGCUACCCCGUGGUGUACGAGUACAGCAAUGGCCAGCUAAGCUUUGUUGACAAACUGGACAAAUCACAGCGCAAGGAGGUGGAUGGCGUCAGUGCCAUGCGCAAGUUCCUCAACAUGGACAAGCAUGCGAUGGAGAGCAGAGGUGACACCCUGCUGGAUACGGCGCACCAGAAUGCCAUCACCCUGGUGACUUUGGUGCAGGGCGAUCGGGACAAUGCGACGCGUGUCUGCACCCAGGGCAUGGAUGGCAGACUCAUCCUGUGGGACAUUAAGCAGACUCUGCAGUCCUCCAUGGCAAGCAUGCGCAUUGUCUGACCUCCGGUCAUCGCAGUAGCUGACCAAGAAUGUGGCCGGAAUGGGCCACUCUACCGGUCUAAUGUUGGCAAAGGACAGGAAGUGUGCGUGUGACCCUGCCGGAAAGGCAGAGGACAGACAGCGACACCCCUUGUGGUCCACGACAGUGAGGCAGUGUCUUCCAUGCGGACGACGAGCCAAACCAGACAGCUUCCAUGCAGACACACUGCUGCCCAAGGCACCUGCAUCAAGGGAGGGCUGUGCUGAUUUCAUUUUUUUAAGUCGAUAACUUAAUGAGGACAUUGUUUACUGAAUCAAUCAUUUGUUUUGUUGGGAACUGUUGCCUGUGAGAGUGUUUUUUUUUUUCCAUCCCUUUUUUACUCUUUUUUUUUUUCCACUGUGGUAUGUCUUCAAUGCUCUGUAAUCUGUUUCCUUCAACAUCUUCCUGGUAUAUGCAAGAUCAUUCGUGGGAAUUGUGUGAAGCACACACUCCUCCAAUUUUAUGGAAACUCUUUUUGCAGUUUCAGACAUCUGCAUUCAGCCAGUGCUGUUCCUCCUCUUUGGUGAUGCUUUUUGUGAUGUUGAAUAAAGAAGUAAGUACUACAUGCAAAAAACAAUUGCAUGUUGUUAUAACAAAAGAAAAAGCCUUAAGAUAUGGUCUACAGACUCACAACUGAGCACCGUUAGUGCUGGCAAAAAUAUUUUGUAGAACUGUUACAGCCAGGCUAUUCUCUACUUGUGUGUCAUAGAACAUAAGAUCCACGCUUCCAGAAUGGGUUCUUAAGUCUGCAUUCCAGAGUAGUCUUAUCCGAAUUUCAUAGCAAAAAGUGUUUUAUUCAUAGCAAAAAUCCUCACAGGCAUCUAAUGCUGGAAACAAUGUUUACACUUAUGUAGUUAAUGAAACAAGAUUCACUUCAUUUUCGCUACAGCUUUGAAGAAAAGUUUGCUUUUGAUGCCUUGCUGGGCCCACUUUAACCCUUUAACCUCCAAAUUUAUUCUGGAGAAAUGAACCAAAUUUCCCAAACUUUCUAAUGUUGUCAUAAAUUUUUUUAUGUCAUUCUGAAAAUGUAUUGAUUCAUUGGUUUCUGGUCAUAAUUAACUCAAUAAUUAAAAAAAAGAAUGCUGCUCAUGAGGGCAUCUUUCCCUCAAAGUCGCGCUUAACUUGUCUUUGGCAGUGGGAGCAGCACAGCAUCAGGCUGAAUGAAUGCGAGCCGUCAUUAGCGAUGUUGGUACAACCUCCCGUGACGGGUACAGCUCGGGAUUGGGGAUUAAAGGGUUAAUGAGUUCUAUGAAAGCACUACAGACAGUGCACUUUACAAAAAAAAAAAAAAGUUUCAUGGCUGUUUCAUGCCAUAAUUACUCUUUUAACCUGCAGACGCAACAUAGCGUUUCUUGAACCUCCAGUUGAGCAAUGCGUUGCAGAGCAAGGCAAGGCUGUGUUGCAAAAGGGAUAAGUUCAGCCCGAUAAACGAGUUUACUGAUGAAUCUGUGACAUCGCAGGAAAUUCACAGGCUUCCUUCCAACAAAAAGCAUUCGUAUGUGGAAUGAAGGAGGUGAAGGAGCAGACAAAAUAGACAAAUUGCUGUUAGAAAGUCUGGGAAAUGCCAUUCCUGAACAGCUGCAUCAGGAACUCUUGCACCGAGAUCGAUUAGGAAAAGAGCAAUGUGCUGGCCGAAAGCCACUGCCUCCCAAUUUUUGUGUGGCUGCCUUUAAAAAGAUUACACCUCAGUUGUCUGACACAAUGUAUUGUCUUGCCUUCAAUUCAUGUCUGCUACCUGCCAGCACCGCAAAGCAAAAUGGCACCCUGAGCAGAGGUAAUGCCGCAAUAUUAUUUUUUUCCUUUUUCUUAUUUGCCAGUGGUCCAAGUGACACUCCAUCUGUGUUAUCACUACGAUGAGCUGGUUGUGAGCAGUGAGUGAUAAGAAAGGAAUAGAACUGCAUAAAAGGCAUCCUUACAUUAUAUCGGCCCCGAUUUAGUGGACUUGCAUUAGGAGUGAAUGUAGAUUGGUUGCCACAACUUGUUAUCACGACAUGAUGCACCAUCGGCACUAUAAUUUGACAACUGGCACCAUUGUGUGAAUCCACUAUUGUGCAAUAGGUGGAGAGCACAUAUCUGUUAUAAAUUGACCAGUGCAAAAUGUAUCUGGGAGUAUGGAACAAAAGAGCUUGCAUUAUAUGAACCAUUGGGAUUCAGUGAAUCACCUUAAAGUUCACGGUAAGCAUGUGGAAUUGCUGUUCCAGGCUUUCUUUCAUCCCUUUCUUAUUUAUUAUCAAGCGAGAAGGUUGUGUGAGCAUAUGCCCAGGGCUGUCUUUUGGUCUGAUGUUUGCUUUGCUAAUGGCUUUGGAUGUUGACAUCUCUAGUUUUGUGGUCAAAUUAUAGGCUCACUUGGUGCUUUGAUGCGCUGUAGCUGCACUAGCUUCAAUUCUGAUUGUGAGAAUAUAAUUCAUUGCAGUUUUAGUGGAACCAACUACCAUCAGGUGCUUGGUGAUUGAAAACUUACCUUAAUUGUGCAACUGAUGUUAAUAUUUAUGCUUGUUCUUACUGGUUCUGCUCAGAAAUGCAAAAGCAAAACAGAGUAAUGUAUAUCCUUUCUGUAAAUUCCUUAGCCAUGCACAGAUUUACUGCAGCAAAGUACACAUUGGUGUCAAUGUAAGACAUCUGUCGUUAGGAUAUGUUAUAUAUUCUGUCCUGACGAUCAUGCAUAUUAGACUUGGAAAAUUAACAGAACAGAUAUGUACAGAGUAUUACUCAGCACUGGGAUAAAAUGCAGCUCCUACUUAUUCUACUGGGAAAAAUGAUGCUUUAAAGCAGUCUCUGAGAACCAAACAUCUGAAGAACAUGUAUCGAAAUUGAGUGCAGAACGUGCACAGUAAAAAAAGAUGAUCAAUCAUAGAGAGCAAUUUGCAUAGCUCUGAUGUGUUGCUCUUGGCAUGAAAAUAUAAAUGCCAUGGUAACCUCUACAAUCAUCUCCAAAGCCAUGGCAGUAUCUUUACAAUAGAGUGGUCAUUGGCACGAAUACAUAGAAGUGGAAUGGCACUCGGCAACUUCCUCACUAGUGCUGCAUCACAUUCAAUUUGAGGACUUUUGUUGGAGUUUACUUCCCCUGGAUGACUCUCUCAUGAAGUGUGCUCAAGUAUGUCUAAGUUGCUAGGGCUAGUCUAGGAAUUGUUAGCUGUCACAUGAAGACAUAAGAGAGCAGGAUUGCUGCUGGCCGUCAUCCACAAUGCAUUGUUUGCAGCAACAACUGAUGUGUCCUAUAUGACUGCUGAAGUGCUUUAAGUAAUGUAAUGCAACACUGAUCUCUUGACACAAGUGGAUUCAGCUGAACUUAUUUGAUGGGUUUGUCACAUCUCAAGUCGUGUUCUUGGGUGAUCACUUUCGGCAGUAGUAUCACUUUGCAAGAUUCUCAAGAAUCUGCAAUCUUGCGAAAGUGAUGCAAUUAUUAAAAAUUGCUGCCAGAGAACACGUCCGCUAGUGGUGAUUGUGUAGUUUGAUGCUUUCUCAAGGGCUGCAACUUCAUUUUUAUGCACCACAUGAAGUGUGUAUCGUGAUGGAAGCUGUGCUGUAACCGUGCAAUGUGUAGCAGCUGGCAUUGUCCAGCUAGUAUUAAAUCAAAUUGUCACAUUUUCUUGCCUAUUAUAAACGCUUGAGAUGACUACAGCUCUUCUGGCAUCAGAGGAUUCUCAGCAAUACCCUCGUCUAUUUCAUCAUUUGGUAGUGCUGCAGAUUAUGGCUACACUAUUUUGUACAGUCGACGCUGCUAUUUUGUCAUGACAGUAGUAGUCAUGUCAUUCUUGUGGGCAUUUCCUUCUCCUAUCACUAUGUACCCGACACAAAAAAAGAAAAAGCAGAGGAAGGUCAGCUGCAAUUUCGGAGAAUCGCUGCUUGGCUAUUCUUUCGCUCGGCUAUUCUUUGGCCCCCAUGCCUUGAAACCUGCUGGUUGAUCCUCACUGCAACUAACUAUGGGAGAUUGACAAAGAAUCAGAUGGUAAAAGCACCUAAAAUUAUGAUAUAAAAAAUGAAACGAAGCAGGAAUAUUUGGAUAUAACGUUAUCUGAUGCAGAUCUGCGUUGAAUAGACAUUACUGAAAGGAAAAUGGGACUAAGAGGAAAAUAAAAUUUAUGAUUAAAUAAUCGCGUCUUGCUUAGGGGAUAGAAUAUGGCAUACUUCGCACCAUGCCACUAUUUCAUCCUUGUACUCCGCUUUUGGGUUUACUGUAAUUUUCAGUCUGGAGAUCUUUCCACAUGAACCAUUAAAAACUCAGUAUGUUAUUUGCUAUUAGUUUUCCUUUUUUUUUUUUGAGGGCGGAUGUUUGGUCGUAAUAAUAACAUUUUAUAAGGCACUGCCUUGAGUUUCAUUGACAUAUGAAUGCUUACUAGUGGCAAGAGUUCCAUUUGUUGGCAUGGCAUAGGGCUAGAGACAUCUUGACUUGCAUUAUUGUGGAUUGAAGGCAGUGUGCUGCCAUGGCACUUCAAUUUUUAUAUUAACUAGGUUGCAUGACAAUCUAUGCUGCAUUUGGCCAGCAUCACAUUAAAAAUGUAACUUGCUAAAAAGGAAAUGUCCACAAGAAUAGUGAUCGUCAUGCGAGAGCAGUGAACCUCAAAAGAUUUAAAAUGUUUGAAAAAAUUGUUGACGUUUGAGGGAGUUUCCUCGUCACUGUAGACAUUCCAAAUCCAAACUGCUUCGUUUGUAUGCAUGUGGUAAACAACUGAAGCUGCAAGCUGUGAAAGUAUGGCUAAUGUGUCACUGGAACAGUUCUUGUGAAAUAAGGCAAAUGGGAAGAACACUGCAGUAGCUUGUCACUGAACGCAUUGCUGCAGCACAUUACUUUUAUGCAGCAGCAAUCUUUGGCUUCAAAGUGCUAGCUUGCACAACCUAUAAACUUGUAAAUUCCUGCGUUGCUAUGCUGUUGAAAGCUGAUUACCAUGGCGACAUAUGCUGCCAUUUUCAUUUGGCAAAGCUUUACUGUUUGUAACAUAAAUUGUUGAGAGUGUUGCUGAGCCGUGGGAUUUGAAAUUUCGGCCUGUGAGAACAGCUAAAUUGCUUAUUUAUUAAAUAAUUUCAGGUGUUCUGCAUCUGUGAUUCUUUGUGCACUGUUUAAAACUGCAUCUGAGAUGUUUUGAUGGUCGUGCCUCCUAGUUGGAAGCCCUGGUCUCGAAGCUGUAAGAUAAUUAAUAAACAACACAUGCCUUUCUUC